AUAUAUUAACAAAGUCUUGGAAUUGUCCUCCCGGAGCCUGAAGUGUGAAGUCUGACCGGUGUUUAGAACUCCGUUUUGAGUUGGGGCAAUAAGAAUGGCGUUAUGGAUGGAAGCUGGUUCAGAACCAAAAACAGAGAAAGAAUUAGCUGACCUUGAUGCUAUCUCUGCUCUCAAAGAAUCUACCGCUCUUGAACUUAAGGAAAAUGGCAACGAAUAUGUCAAGAUGGGCAAGAAGCAUUAUUCGGAUGCUAUUGAUUGCUAUACCAGGGCAAUAAAUCAGAAUGCUUUAAGUGAUGCUGAGCAGUCAAUUCUCUAUUCAAACAGAGCUCAUGUCAAUCUUCUCUUGGGAAAUUAUAGACGUGCACUCCAGGAUGCAGAAGACGCAACCAAAUUAAAUCCAAGUAAUGUUAAGGCUCUUUAUAGAGCAGCAAAAGCAUCAUUUUCCCUGAAUCUGUUGGCUGAAGCAAAAGGGCUCUGCGAGAAAGGUCUUCAGCACUCGUCAUCUAAUGAAGAACUGAAGAAGCUUGCUAAGCAGAUUGAUAUACAAAAAUCAGAAAAGGAACGGCGUGAUGCUGAAGUGUCUAAAGCAGUAUCUUCUGCUAAGGCCCUUGUUUCUGCAUUCGAGAGUAGAGGAUUGAAGAUUGGGAAGCCCAUGUAUCAAGAACUCACUGGACUGAAAAAGCCAACAUUAGACAGAAGUAAUAUUCUUCAUUGGCCCGUUCUUCUUCUGUAUCCAGAGGUUAUGUCCAGCGACUUCAUAGAGGAGUUCUGUGAGACUGACAUGUUUUCAGCGCAUCUUGAUAUGAUGUUUUCAGAAGGUUGUCCACCUCUGCCAUGGGAUAAAGAAAAUGCUUACACUCGUGAUGCUAUUGAGUUGUAUUAUGAGGCUUGUGCUGGUGUCUGUUUAUCCAAGCGAGAUAUUCUUCGCUAUCUGUUGGAAGGAACAGCUGCUUCUCAUGUAGAAGACUUUGGUGAUGAGGAGAGUGGUUCUGCUCAGAGUUUAACCAAGGCUAACAUUUCACAAGCGGAUGCUGCUAGAUGGGUCAAAAUUAAUGAGAAGAGAACACUUUAUAACGUUCUAAAGGAACCAAGUUGUGUAGUUCCCGGGAUUCCUGUGUUUUGGGUUGUCUCACGGAACUCCAGCUUCUAUAAAGACUUCAAAUCUGGAAAUUGGUCCCCUCCAGAACUGGCAUGAAUUUGUGGUGGAGUUGCAAGUCCCUAUUGACAUGCAAGUGCCCUGG